GGAAGUCCCGGGAUCUGGCACGUCAUUUCCUGUCUACGAGGGGAGCGCAACGGCCGAGUUUCCCCUGCGCUCCGCGGACAUCGCAUCAUGAAAGAGGUGAAGAGCGAGCGGGAGCGGGGAAGCCGGCGCAGGCACCGGGACGAGGACGCGGUGGCGACGGCGGCGGCGGCGGCGACGGUGGUGGUGAAGCAGGAGAGGGAAAUGGAGAUAAAAUCCUUUGUGUGCCAUUGUCUUAACAGGUCCCCAGCCAAAAAGAAAAAGUCCUCAGGGAGAAGAAGCAAGUCUCCUCGGAGUAACAGAAGCCGAAGUCCUCACCACUCGACCGUCAAAGUGAAGCAGGAGCGUGAAGAUCAUCCACCCCGGAGAGAACGGGAAGAUCGGCAGCACCGGGAAGCAUCAGAACAGGAGCACAGGCGAGCUAGGAAUAGUGACCGAGGCAGGCACAGGGGCCACUCCCACCAGAGGAGAACCUCUAAUGAGAGACCUGGGAGUGGGCCGGCUCAGGGACGUGAUCGAGACCUUCAGAACCUGCCGGCUCAGGAAGCAGAGCGGGAGUUCUAUAAUGCCCGGAGGCGGGAGCAUCGCCAAAAGAAUGAAGUCAGUACCAGCGGUACUGAGUCUCAGGACUUGGUUCCUCCACCUGGUGGCAGCAACAAAAACAAAGAGGUGCCCGUCAAGGAAAAGCCAAGCUUUGAACUUUCUGGGGCACUUCUUGAGGACACGAACACCUUCCGAGGUGUAGUCAUUAAAUAUAGCGAGCCCCCCGAAGCACGUAUCCCUAAAAAACGGUGGCGUCUCUACCCAUUUAAAAAUGAUGAGGUGCUUCCAAUCAUGUACAUCCAUCGACAGAGCGCUUACCUCCUGGGGCGACACCGCCGUAUUGCAGACAUUCCAAUCGAUCAUCCCUCUUGUUCAAAGCAGCACGCGGUCUUCCAGUAUAGGUACGUGCAUUUGCAGAAAGAAAGCCAAGUUGACACCUCUGAAGUAGACAGGAAAGAAGAUGAGGAUGAAGAGGAGGAGGAAGAAGUAUCUGACAGCUAGCAAACUAAUAAACAACCCAAACUCUUGAGAGACCUUUCCUUUCUGCGAAGGCUUUGUGAUUGACUCGAGCACCGUGGCGCUCUUUGUAAUGCCUCUUAUUGCCUUAAGUCUCUCUUCGGUUGCUGACCAGCUUAUGUUUUAACGUAAGAAAACUGACUUGUGUUUGAACUUUUUUCUGUGGCACAUUAGCCACUUGCCUGUGGGCAUAUGUUUUCAGAACAGUCUCACCAACACAUUGUGUUCUCGUAGAAGCAUUGUGGCUUUAGUUGGUGCUUUCAGAACUGCUGCCUAGGAAACUAUAAACCCUUGUCUAAAGGGGAAUUGUGGCUUGUUCUCUUUGUACAGUUACUUUAUUUAUAGGCUUUGUGGACUGGGUUUGUUUUGUUUUUGUUCCUGGGGCAAAUCCCUUAACAGAAUCUUUCUAAGCUUUGGUUAUCACCAAAACAGCCUCCUGUAUAUACCAAAGCUUUGACCUGGUUGAGCUCUUGAGUCACAGAAGUUGAUUUUGCACUUCUUUUUUUGGGGGGGUGGGGGUGGGAAUUUACCACAUGACCUCAUCAUUAUUGACUGUUGGACCUAAACAGAUGCUUUAAGGAGCAUGCUUAAGCAUUUGACUGUACAGGAAGAUCAUGACUACUGCCAGUGGGGGCCGAUUUAAUGUCACGAGAGGCUGAGAUGCAUCAAGGAUCUGUUUCCUGUGAGAGAAUUCUCAUUUCUCCAUGGAGCGUGUACAUAACAAUUUUGACCAUCUUAUCUGUUCUUCAACUUUGCAUUUUUAUUCAAAUGUUAUCUCUUUCUCUUUUGAGAAACACACUAUUUAUGUGGCCGGGUCCUUGCUCUCUUCUAGCAACAUGUGUACAUGUCUAAAGGAGGUUGUGUAGUUUACAUGUUUCAUCUUUUUAAAAACAUCUAGAGAGGUUGUAUUUACCUUCCCAAGGCUGGAAAGCAUGGGAAUUUCCUAAUUUUCCACUAAAGGAAUCUGUGUAAGUAGAUAAUUCAUAACUACUUACAUAUAUAUAGUGUGAAUAUAUAUCUAAUUGUGUAUGAAAGAGCUUCAACUGAUUUUCAUAUGAGGAUGUUUUGUGAUGUAAAUGUAAUGCUACAUUAUAGGUAAAGUCUCCCUGCAUUUGAAGAGCAGGUUUUCAUUUAUAUGUAUUUUUGGGAUAAAAAAAUAAUAAAAUUUGUAAAUAUAGCCCCAUAUCUUGGCAAGUGAGUGUUGGUCCUGUUGAAGCAGCAGUGCUUUUGUAUUGGCAGUUAAGGGGUUUUCUUUCUCAGAAUAGAGUUGGGGCAGGUUUUACGUAGGGGGCCUUGUACCAGUUUAUCCCUGCCCUCACUAAUUUACCCUCAGGUGGUGAUGGGUGUGGGAUGGAGAGAAAGGAGAGAUCAUACAACUCAGUCAUUGCUGCUGCUAACUAUUCCUCUUGGGUUGAAACUUACGAUACUAUUAGAUUGUCUUUAUAUUGUCUUUCCAUUAAGGUCUCACCCAUGUGUACUCGGGGAAGCAGCUGACUAAUGUUUACUCAAAAGAAAUGAAAAGAUCCUCUUUGAAGAGUGAACACUUAAGAAAGAAGAUACGAUGUUAAUCAAAGGGUGAACACUCACCAUGCCAGCAGUGCCUACUUGUGAGCCCACAAUGUUCCUGGACAUGUGAGUUUAUAUGAACUGAAAGGGCUACUUGAUUUAAAGCUUUGGAACUGAAAGCUUCA